UAAAAAGAAGUAAUGCAUGGGAUUGUUAACAUUUUAAAACUAAUUCGCGUGGACGUAAAUAGUGAAACAAAGCAAUUAUUAUAAAAAAAAGUUUAUACCAAAAUUUGUCAAGAUGAAUACGAAUGGUAGUUCAGGAAUUGGGACAUCGUUAAAUUUGACAGGAUCGCAUUUAAAUGACAAGCAUUUACAUAUGAAACAAUUUAUAAGUACAGCAUUGGAAUAUAGCAGGACUAAAUCAGAGGCUUGUGCAAAUCAACUAAAUCGACAUUUACAAAUAAUUGGAGUUGUUAUAGAUUUAAGUACAUUUGAUCCUCAUAGCAGUGUAGUCGCUGAAUUUUACGUGAGCUUACAUGAAUUAAUGUGCGGCUUAGAAUCUCGAUCAACUUUACUAUGGGGCGGCGUUAACGUAUUACAACAGGCGUGUCGUAAUCGAGCUGCACAUUUUGCAUUAAUUCAUACAUAUCAUUUUUUACCGAUUUUAAGUCGAUUUCUUGGUGAUCAAUUAACACGCGAGAAAAAAGUACGAUUAUUAACAUUAAUACAAGAGCUAACAUAUGGAAUACGUAUCUCAUGGCAAGAGCCACAUGUACCACAUUUAAUAGCUACAAUGGUCAAGUGGAUACAAUCUGGUGAACAGAAUAUUGUGAAUUUAUCAUUGGGUAUUCUUAUUAAUUUGUGUUAUAAGAAUUUACCGGCUAUUUAUACACUGAUGCGAUGUGUUGACACAAAAGCUUUCAUGCGAACAGUCAUGAGCAUGGAGGGCAAUAACAUCGAUGUACAAAUUUGUAAAUUAUUAAUAAUUUUGGAAAAUAUUAAUGGUGAAGUACCAACAAAAGAUAUAUUAAAAUUUGUCGCUGUUACAUUUGAUACAGUUGCCGAUGCGCUUCAAAAUCGAGAUGUUGUACAAUUACGACAUAUUGUUGACUUUUUUAUUGAUGUAAAAUCACAGCAUAAUCAACGUGCAGCUUUUUCGGAAUUUCAAAAUUAUGUUCAUCAUAUUGAAAAACUUAUUAAGAUUGUAAAUACUAAUAAUGAAAAUGGUGGCGAUGCUACAAUAACCGAUCCAGAAUGUGUAGCAAUGUUAUUUGAAUUUCUCUUAGCACUUGUCCAAUUAAAUUUACCCGAUAUAAUACCAAUGCAUGCUCAAUUGGCACAACUUUCAUUAAAUUGGGUACAAACUGAACAUGUUAGCACAAAAGCAUUAACAUUAUUACGGUGUGUUGCAACGGCAAAAGGUGUUGACACCGAAAAAAUUUUACAACCACUGGCAAAUGGAUUACAAGUAUUAUUAGUUACAUUGAAUACAGGAUGCACUGAAGAUGAAUCUUUACACCAAACUGCUGAAUAUCAAACACGAUUAACUGGUUUAUUUCAUUUAUUACGUGAAAUGACCAAGUGUCCAUCAUUACGAGUGCAUGUUUUAGAAGGAUUAAAACAAGAAUCUGUUUGUAAAGUAUUCUCACCAUUAGUAUGUCUAACAUUUUCACCAAGAAGUCGUGAUCAAGAUACAUUCAGUGAAGAAGCAACGUUAUUAUAUAUAAAUGCCUUAGCAUUGGUACGACAAUUAGCACCGUUAGAUAAACAAUGGCAGUCAUUAUAUAUUCAACUAAUGGAACAUAAACAAAUACAUAUGGUGAUUGCACAUGCAUUUUGUAAAGGCAAUGCUGAAAUCAAAUCAUUGAUAUUCCAAAUUGCUAAAACAGGUGAAUUUCAAAGUGAAAAAGUUGCACAAGCAUUCUUAGAAAUUCAACCGUUAAUUGAUUUUGGUAAUGGCAGUGAUAUAAUUAUGAUUGGGGGUGAUUGUAAACAAUUGUCAAGUUAUACGGAGCAACAAGUUCCUUAUACGAUUAUGAGUUUGGGUCAAGAAGAAAAAUUGGAUAACCUUAUACAUAAAUUACAAGAAGCUGUUGCAAAUAACCAAAUAGCUAACAUUGCCACAUCCGAUGUAAUGGAAUUAUUUGAAUAUAAAAUGGCUGCAAUGAGGCAUGCGGAAAGUGCCGCUCAAAUAAGUUUAGAAGCCGCUGGAAAACAAGCAACUCAUUUAAAGCAUCGUUUGGCACAAAUGUCUGCGGAAUCAUCUCGAUUGCAUCAAAUGUUAUUCCAUUCACAACAAUGUCAAGAGAAUAAUACAGCAAAAUUGAAUAAAGUUGAAGAGAAUAUGCGACAAACAGUGAUACGAUUAGCCAAAUCAAAAACACAUUGUUCUGAAUUUGAAAAUCAAUUAAAAGCAACUCAAUCACAGUUACAAAUACGAACAAAUGAAUUGCGCGCUAGUGAAGAGAAAUAUCAAAAUUUAUCACAACGUUAUAAUGAAGCGUUAGAAAAAAUUACUCAAUUAGAAGAUCGUGUUAAUGAACAUUCAACGAAAAAUGCCGAAUUUUGUAAGGUGAUUAAAAAAAUGGAAGACCGUAUUUUGGAUAUGGAUAAGAAAUUAGAUGAAAAGAAAACAGCACUUACGAAGGCUAAUACAAAGAUAACAAAAUUACAGGAUGAAGUUUCAACAUACGAAAGUAUAUGUAAACGUAAUGAAGAACAAAUGGCACAAAAGGAUAAGGAAUAUUUGGAACUUCAAACUGAAUUAGAGGAUUAUAAGAGUAAAUUAGAAUGGAUUGUGCAAAUAUCUAUGAAUAAGUCAAAAAGAAGUCAAUGAUGUAUAUGAACAAAUGAGUGAGAGGAAGAAUGUCAAUAAAGUUGAUUUGUGCUGUCAUCCUGUUGGUACAAUAUAUAAUUUUGACAAUUUUAAUUUAACUUCAACGGUUUUCAUUUGUGAAUCGUGUAUGCUAAGUGAUAAUCAAAUUAUUAAAUAUUUU